AUGGCAUUGUGUACUCCUUUAUUCAUGCUUGCAAUGAUUUGUUUUACAAUCGAUGUUCAUCUAUCGUAUAAAAUAUCGCCUGAAACGAGGGAAUUUAAUCCUAUAAUUCCGGAUGAUAAUUAUCUAAUUUUGACUGCCGAAGAUUAUCCACAAAACCAAGGACUUAAUUCACAUCGACUCUCAGAUAGUUUUCUAUCAAAAAUUCAACAACGAAAUUUUCAAGAUGAUCGAUUCGAGACAAAUAAUGAUGAACUAACGAAUAUUAAAUUCAACACUGGCUAUAAUCAGUUGGGAUCUCGAACAGAAAGUAGAAACAACGAUAUUGAGUUAAUGUGA